AUGGACAGAAUGGGGACCAAAGAAGUCUCAACCGCGAGGGAGAUUAUGACGACGGUGGACAAUGAGCUUGGACUGUCUCAGAUCAGACAGCCUCGCUACGGUCAGACUCGACGAGGACUCAAAAGUCGGCACAUGCAGUUUAUGGCCAUUGGCGGUACGAUAGGAACGAGCUUAUUUCUAGGCAUAGGGUCGCCCCUCACGAUUGCCGGUCCGCUUAGCCUGUUCCUCGGCUUCUCUCUUACGGGGCUCGCAGUCUAUGGCAUGAUGCAAUGUCUGGGAGAAAUGGCGACCUGGCUACCAUUGCCAGGAGCGAUUCCCCAGUACUGUGCUCGAUUUGUUGACGACGCCCUGGGAUUUGCAGUGGGAUGGAACAAUUGGUACUUCUACUCGAUUGUAUUGUGCCUCGAUAUCAGUGCAGCUUCGAUUGUGGUCGAUUAUUGGCCAGGAGCAAGGCAUAUCUCGCCUGCGGUAUGGAUCUCGAUACUUAUUGUCCUUGUACUCGUCCUCAAUGUCUUUGCUGUGGACAUCUACGGCGAGGCAGAAUUCCUGUUUGCUUCCAUCAAGAUCAUAACAAUCGUGGGCCUACUGAUCCUCUCGGUCGUCAUUAUACUCGGGGGUGGUCCUAAUCAUGACCGUUUGGGUUUUAGAUAUUGGAAUAACCCUGGAGCUAUGAAAUCUUUUGCCCCAGCUACAGGAGAUACCGGUAGAUUCCUCGGGCUGCUUUAUGUUAUCAUCUUCGCUUCUUUUACGUUUGGAGGAAUAGAAAUGACCGCAGCGUCCGCUGGAGAGGCUGAAAACCCUAGACGCAAUAUCCCCAAGGCAGUGAAACGCGUGUCUUGGCGGAUUGGUCUCUUCUACAUUCUCGGCAGCCUGGCACUCGGCAUGAUCGUGUCUUCAGAUGAUGAGCACCUGCUAAAUGCUCAGGAAUCGGGUGCACCUGGUGCUGCCCGGUCUCCGUGGGUCAUCGGCAUUACGAAUUCAGGCAUUACAGUGCUCCCUUCAAUCAUUAACGCGGUCAUUCUUACGUCUGCAGUGUCAUCGGCGAACGCGUUCCUCUACACAGGGAGCCGCGGCCUGUUUGCCUUAGCUCAAAACGGCCAGGCUCCGAAAUUCUUUCUUAGGUGCACCAAGAGGGGUGUCCCCAUAUAUUGUGUUCUUGCGACUAGCUCGAUCUCACUGCUGACCUAUUUGACGCUGUCCGUUGGCGGUUCCAAAGCUUUCGGCUGGUUUGCCAAUUUAAUCACUACUGCUUGCCUGUGGGCAUGGAUGGCCAUCUGCGUGGCCUUUCUCCGGUUUCGAAAAGCUCAACAGGUCCAAGGUUUCGACCAACGCGAAGUCGGAUUUAAGAAUCGGUUCCAGCCAUAUAUCGCGUGGUGCACCCUGAUCUUCUUCACGAUCAUUCUAAUUUUCAACGGCUUCACGGUUUUUUUGAAAGGCAGGUGGAACGUGGAUGACUUCCUCGUUGCAUAUGUUGGUGUUCCUAUCUUCAUCGUCCUCUAUGUGUUCUGGAAGAUCGUGAAAAGAACUAGGAUUCGUCCAUUGAGCGAGGUGGAUCUUCAGACCGACAAGACAGAUGUCGAUGAACUGGAAGGUACCUGGGAAGAGCCUGCGCCUAGGAAUAUCGUUGAAAAGGUCAGUGGCCACAACGAUCCAAUCACCUCAGCUUCUCCGUGUCUCGGCAAUCAUCAUGAAUCGUGA